AGUAAUUCGAUCUUAAUCUCAUCACAUUCAGUGAGAAGAGAAGGGAUAUAAACGAUGGCGUCCAAGGGUUUACUCGUGUUCACUCUGCUGCUCGCUGCUGCCUUCCUCGUCAACUGCGCUCGACAAGAACCUCAGCCCAACGAGGGACCGACAGCUGACCCCGACGCCGGCGCCGGCGGCGACCACGGAACGUCAUCGGGCAACGGCAAAGCGUCGGGCCAUCGGCCGCAGGCGAAAUUCGGCGGCGGCUGCUGCUGCGGCGCCGGUUGCAGCGAGCAGUGCGCCGAGUGCCCUCGCCCUCCACAUCCACCCCCAUCUCCAUCUCCAUGCGUCCAUCCCCCCUGCUGCGAGUCGGCCGCCGGCUGCUGCUGCAAUGGAUGCAGCGGCGGCGGUUGCGGUGGUGGUCAGUGCCCGCCAUCUCCGUCAUGCGAGAAUCAUCAUCCUCCCUGCAAGCCGGGCUGCUGCUGCUGCGGAUGCAGCGGCGGCGAGUGCCCUCCGCCUCCAUCUCCGCCGUGCCAGCAUGAGUGCCCUCCAACUCCGCCAUGCGAGCAUCCUCCCUGCAGCGAGUCGGGCUGCUGCGACAAGGGUUGCAACAGCUGCUGCAACCGGUGCGGCGAGUACGGACAGUCCCGCCCCUAGACACGUACAAAAAAUGCUACAGUAGCUACUACCGUCCCGUUACGUACGUACGUACGUGAUACUAAUAAUAACUACGUACUGCUCGUAUUAGAGGGUACUUGCUUGUUAUCUGCUUGAAUAAGUUUGGGCGUGCAUAUAUAUAUGUACGUCUCAGUCUGUGUGUGCCGGGUAGUUAUUCCCAAUUAAGUGCGUUUAGUUUUACCAGUAAUUUGUAUGGUGUGUACUCGUGUGUUCUCGUAGUGUAUUG